AUGUACGUUAGAAGCACUUAUCAAGCACCUAGAGUGCCUUCGUAAUAAAUGGGAGUAAUACAGGCAAGUGGAAAUUUAAUCUAAAUUAUUUAAAAACAAGCAGCAACUAAUCGUAUUACAAUCCCUGAAAUGUAUAUUGGCGAUGAAGGCGCUUUACAAUUAGCUGCUUUCUUAAAAGGAUAAACAAGCAUAUCUAUGAUUGAUUUAAAAGGAAAUAAUAUAGGUCCUUAGGGUUUCAUUGAAAUUUUUAACUCUUUAAGACAAAAUUUUUAGUUAAAAUCUUUAAAUCUUGAAUGGAACAGACUUGGUACAGAUAUUGCAGGAUUGGAGAGUCUUUACACUUUGUUGUCAAAUAAUAGAUCAAUAACUCAUUUAGAUUUAAGGAAUAAUAAAAUUAAUUAAACAGGGGCACAUAUUAUUGCUAACGUAAUUAGAAACAAUACCUCCAUUUCUUCUUUGGAUUUAAGAUGGAAUGAGCUUGGUGCUAAUGGCGGUAGGGCUAUUCUCCAAGCUAUGCAAGAAAAUGGUAGUUUAGUAGGCUUAGAGCUUGCUGGUAAUGGAAUACCAGAAGAAAUAAACUCAGAAAUUUAAUAAUUAGUAACAAAUAAUAGAGAUGGAAUUCCUCAUACUGCAGCAAGGAGAAAUAAUGCUAUGAAUGACUCUAGGAGAAAUAGUUUUUAUAGAUAGUAGUAGUAAUAGUAAGAUUUUAAUGAAUCUAUUAAUGAUAGAGAAACUAUUAGGUUUGUUGCUUAACAUCAUUAACCUUAAUAUCCUUACUAAGUUCCAAUUAUGUAAGAGGCCUUCAAUUAAAGUAGGACUAGAAUUAUGGAUUAAAAUGAAAUCAGCAGGAAUUUAUAGGCUGGAUAUGAGAGUGUUAAUCUAAUUUAGCAUUUGGAAAUUUAAAUUGACAAUGAAAGAGUUUAAGGCUUAGCUUUAAAAGAGAGUUUACAAGGUAAAAUUUCUGAGCUAAAAAGUGCUUUGUAAGUUAAAGCUUAAAAGAAGGCCUAACUAGAAGAAGAAUUUCUUGCUAGAUAGCAUGAACAAAGCACUCUUAAAACUGAUUUACAUAGGGUUGAGGCAGAAUUAAAAGGUUAUGAACACGAAAAGCAAAAAAGUAAGAGAGAACUAGAAGACAAGUGCCAUUUACAAGAGGAAAAAAUAAGAGAUACAGACAAAAGAUUGCAAAGUGAGUUAUUGAGCAUUUCCGAUUAAAAUAUUCGUUAAAUGAGAUAAGUUGAUUCAGAAUAUCAUGAAAAAUGUGAAGAAUUAAUAAAGCAAGUUGGAAUACGUAGCAAAAAGAAUGAUGAAACAAGAUUAGAGAUAUAUAAAAUAAUGGAUGACAUGGUAAAAUCAGAAUUUUAAUCAAAGGACGAGGCUAAAGAAGUCGUAGAAAAAUUAAAAGCAGCUGGAUAACAAGAAUAUAACGAUCGUUUUGAUAUUUUGGAAAGGAGAAUGAAUGAUUAUGAGCAAAAAAUAAUGGAUAGUGACAGAAGAACAACAGAUCUAGUAAAGGAUUACUCAAACAGAAUAAAAUCAAACACUGAAAAAAUAAAUGAAAUAAAUUAAAGUAUUGUAAAGUAUAAAAUUGAAAAUCAAGAUAUAGAUUUAAAUAACACUGAAUUCGAGAUGUAUAUUGAAAGAUAGAGAGCUGAUUUAGACUAUAAAGAGUAACUCAUAAAAAAGCUUAAAGAAGAGCUUAACAAACUAAAAGAAAAGGAUAACUUGACAGAGUAAGACGAAAAAACAAUUAAAUCAUAAUUAGAAGAUAAAUUCAUAAAAGCUCAUGAUGAACACAAUACUCUCCAUGAUAGCUAUAGAGACAGAAUCCAAGAAUUAGAGAAAACUCUUCGUGACUCGAAUGAAGAAAACCUCCGUUUACGUGCUAACUAUUAAAAACUCUCUGAUUUGCUCACUGCAAAUCUACAGAGCACAACCUAUUCAACUUUUAAGGAUUAAAAAGUUAUGUGA